GGCGUGGCUCGUCCACUGAGCUAGCUAGCUAAAGAGAUAAAUGGCGAGUAGAGACGAGGCAAGAAUUCCGCUGCUAGCUGGCACUGAUGAAUAUGAAGCUUCACAAGAACUACUGGAGGACAUUCAAGUAGAGUAUGCCAUGAGGACGCCUCCCCGGGAAGUGAGCGGGGAGCACCUGACCACUGGAGGGGGGGAUAUAAAGAGGAGAAAGCAUUACUCUGGCAGCGAGAUGAUAGUGGCUGUGUUUGUGGUAGCUUUCGACACUAAGAAAGGAAAUCUGGUGGAGUGGCGCUAUCCUGAAGAGGUUCUACUUUCGGGAGUUGAGUUCAAGUCCAUGGCCAGUGGUCUACACAACAUGCAGAAGGACUUCAUCUACUUCAAGCAGAACCAGUUGUUCGGUCUCAGCUGCUAUGUGAAGAUCCCGGUGGCCAACCAGGAGGAGAGGGGAGCCAGAAUGAAGUGUGUUGGUCUCUUGGCAGUCGGCUACUCCAACCUUCACCUGCACAUGGACUUCCUUCAAAGACAGGCCAGGAUACUGGUUGAGACUCCUGGCAGCUAUGGGUCAUUGGAGGAGUACUUUAGACACUACCGCUCUCCUGCACAAGUACCACACCCACUAACAGGCCCUGAGGCCACCAACUCAGUGGAGGCCUGUCAUCCUUCUGGUUGCUUCACUACCUACUUGCAGUUCUUUGGUGCCUCCAUCUUCGUUCUGUGGAAACUGGCACUUCUCAAGAAGAAGAUCAUAUUCUUCUCACCACCUCCAGUUGGGGCUCUCUGUCACAGAGUGUACUGUACGUGUCUACUGACCUCCCACGUCCUCCCUAACGACCUCAACACAGAGUGCAACCCUCAGUUCUACGUCAACGUGGCUGACAUCGAUGCCAUGACAACCAUGGACUCGUACGUGGCCUGUACAACUGAGAAGAUAUUCCAAAUCAAGACCCAGCUAUACGAUGUGUUUGUGGAUGGUGAGAGAGUGACCAGUAAUCAGGAGAGGAUGGACCCACUGCUCAGGGUCAACCAGUGCGAUGAGCAGAGAUAUGAGCACUUGAACCAUCUGAGGUCGAACCAAAGGAUAGCCUCAGGUCGGAGGAGUAGAAAUGAUGAGCUGGGAUUUGCUGAGUUCUUCCAGGAGCUCAACUGUCAGAUGUUUCGUACGGUGAUGGAUGCAGCGAGCAGUGAGGACCAUGUGCUCACCAUGGAGAUGGUGGAGAGUGUGGGACUGGACCCUCUCAAAGACAGACAGUUUCUGACUGAGCUAGCUAGUGUGUACGACCUCAACAUGACUGUACAGAGGUCCACUAGUUUUGACCUGCUCACUUGUUGCAUGUAGUGUGUUGUAUGUGUUGUAUGUGCAUUCUCGUAUGUGACAUGUGCUUGUGUAUAUAUAUAUAUUAAUAAUAACGUGGACUGUUCACUGGUUUUUAUCUCA